AGUUAGAUACGUUCGUUAAAAAAAAAUUAUUGUUCAAAUUAAAAUUUAUUAUGUGGGUGUCUACUAAAAAAACUUUUAAUAAUACUCUGAUGCUAUUUCAAUUCUGUCGAAAAAGUGAUAUUUGUAUUUUUAGUUUUACCAACAUGAAACAAUUAUACUCUAAAGAAAUACAUGAAUCUUUAUUUACUUCAAUAUAUUCGUCAACUAAUAAAAUUGAAGUUGAUGUUAAAAACAUUAUUGAAUUUUUGGAAAAUAUUGGAGAGAUGAAUAAUAUAAAUUAUAAUUUUUAUCAAGACAAAUUGAAUACUAAAGCAGAUUUAAUAAUAACUCUAUCUGAAGGAUUUCCUCCAUUUAAAUUGGAAUUGGAAUUGGAGUUAAAAGAUGAAAAUAUUUUUUAUUCCAAAUUGACUUGCCCAUUAAUUAAAAUAAUAAAACAAUUAAAACAAAACCAAGAAGAAUUAUUUGAUAUCAUAAAAAAAAAGGAUUUGGAAAUUUCAGAAUACAAAUUAAUAGGAGGCAAUAUAGUACAUGAAAAUAUUAAGACAGAUAUUUUUGAAAAAGAUAAUUUUUUUAUGAAUUCAAUGCAGAAUCAUAAAGAUUUAUGUAAUGACAAUCCAUAUUUGUAUGAAAUAUAUUCAUCUCUAAUUGAACAACAUCCUGAUAUGUAUGAAAAAUCAAGUAUCAUACCAACUAAAGAGGAAAAUCAAGGAAUUCAAACAAAUACUAAUACUAUAACAAAUAAUACUAUAAACCAUAAAGCUACGAAAAGUUCAACUACAAUGGAAGUUACUCAUACAUCAAUUAAUGUUAAAAAGCGGAAAAAAUCUUCAUUGUUAAAAAAUCUUUGAAAUUAAUAUUAUUAUUAAGUAAUAAUACACACAAUAUCAUAUUUUUUUAUUUAAAUCAUUUAUU